GUGACGUGGCGCAGCUACGCGUGCGGAAGUGGCGGGGGAGCCGGGGCUGGCGGUGCCGGGGCUGACGGGGCAGGCAGAGGGAAGCCGCGAUGCCGCUGAAGGCGGUGAUCCUCAUCGGGGGCCCGCAGAAGGGGACCCGCUUCCGACCGUUGUCCUUCGAGGUGCCCAAGCCGCUCUUCCCCGUGGCCGGGGUGCCAAUGGUGCAGCACCACAUCGAGGCCUGUGCCAAGGUACCUGGCAUGAAGGAGAUCCUGCUGAUGGGCUUCUACCAGCCCCACGAGGCCCUCAGUCGCUUCUUGGUGUCAGCGCAGCAGGAGUUCAAGAUCCCCAUCAGGUAUCUCCAGGAGUAUGCAGCACUGGGCACAGGUGGUGGCAUCUAUCACUUCCGUGACCAGAUCCUCUCAGGUGGUGCUGAGGCCUUCUUUGUCCUCAACGCAGACGUGUGCUCAGAGUUCCCCUUGCAGGAGAUGCUGGAGUUCCGGCAGCAGCACGGGGACGCGCACAGCUUUGUCAUUCUGGGUACCACAGCCAACAGGACACAGGCGCUGAAUUAUGGCUGUAUCGUGGCAAAUGCAAACACCCAGGAGGUCCAGCACUAUGUGGAGAAGCCCAGCACGUUUGUUAGUGAGAUCAUUAACUGUGGCGUUUACCUGUUCACACCUGCCAUCUUCCAACACAUUGGUGAGGUCUUCCAGAGGAACCAGCAGGAGCUAGUACUCUGUCCUUACCUUGGAGAGGAGAGCUCUAAUGGCUGGCAGCGUGCAGAAGCGAUCCGGCUAGAGCAGGACGUUUUCACAGCCCUGGCUGGGAGUGGCAAACUCUACGUCUACAAAACUGAUGGCUUCUGGAGCCAGAUCAAGUCAGCUGGCUCUGCUAUCUACGCCAGUCGCCUUUACUUGAACCAGUACAGCAAAAGCCACCCAGAGAGGCUGGCCCAGAACAAACCUGGAGGACCUAUCAUCCGAGGCAAUGUGUACAUCCACCCAACAGCCUCCAUUGACAGCACUGCAGUGCUGGGCCCCAACGUCUCAAUUGGGGAGGGGGUGACAGUUGGAGCUGGUGUGCGUGUGCGAGAGUCCAUUGUCCUGCAUGGUGCCUCACUCCACGAUCACACCUGUGUCCUCAAUACCAUUGUGGGCUGGGACAGCACCAUUGGGCGCUGGGCUCGAGUUGAAGGAACACCCAGCGACCCCAACCCCAACGAUCCCUAUGCCAAGAUUGACAGCGAGACCCUCUUCCGAGACGGGCGCCUCACACCUUCCAUCACCAUCCUGGGCUGCAGUGUCACUAUCCCUGCUGAGGUUGUUAUUCUCAACUCCAUUGUCCUUCCUCACAAGGAGCUGAGCCGCAGCUACAAAAACCAGAUUAUUCUCUGAGUCAGCAGCUCACUGGGUUGGGGGGGGGGGGGGGAAACAGCACCAACCCCACCCACUUCCUGCUGUGCUGUACAGCCAGAGACUGGGCUGAGGCUUCAGCACCUGGGAGGUUCCCAGCAUCCCAGAGGGGUAGGUGCAGGCCAGGAACCCUACAAGUGCCUGACUCCUACUCCUGACAGACAUUAAAGCUGGUAAGCAUCAGCCUCCUGUGCUGCCUCUCUUGCAGCCCAGGGACCAGCCCUGGGGCAAGGUGAAAGCAUGUAAACCUGACAGCAGGAACCCUAGGCAGAAGCUGUUGAGGAAACACUUGCUGCCUGCAACAUCUUGGUUCCAGAUUUGCACUUGUCUCCACCAAAGGGCACUACCAGCAUCACCUUGCGACCCCUCAACAGGUUGUUCUGUCUGCAACUCCCUGAAAGGCUUUGGCCCAUCUCAGAGGCCAAGGAACUUCAAAUAUGCCCAUCCUGCAGAGGCAGCUCAGCUUGCAGUAGCCAGCUGAGGAUCCCAGUUUCAUCACUGUGAUUACAACAGCUUGAGCUGGGCUCCUGCCUGCUGCUGGGGAAACAGCACAGCACGAGGCUGUCCUAAGGCCACUGGCACACAAGUGGAGAGGCAGACUGCUGGCCCUGGACAAAGCUGCAAAAGCACCCCUUGCCCCAGCUGCACCCCUGUCCCACCAAGGCCUCAAAAUCAGUUGGGAGAGCUCUAAGCCCUACCAAGCCUGCUGCUAUUAUUCCAAGACCUGCCUAGGUUGCCUAGGCAGGGCUCAGGGUGGCAGCAGCAGGCUCCUGCCCCUCUGGGCCCAACCACCUUUUCCACACCCUCAUGGAUAUAGAUUGGAGUAGGGAGGGCAUGGGGAGCCUCACUGCAUGUUGCCUCUUGCACCAGCCACAGCACACCAGAGCACUCGACUUCUGUGCAGGUGGCAGGUAUCUCCCACCUCAGUCUUAAUAUGUGAUUUUAGUGAAGGCAGCUCCCUGCUGCUGCUGGCACAGUCUGUGGCAGCCAACAGUGCCCUUUACCUGCUUAUCUCCCUAUCUUCACCUCUGGUUUUAGGGCUCUGUGCUAAAGCUCUGCACUCCACCAAGGACCCCAUCAUGCUUCUCACCAAGGCACCAUGUUAGGGAUUCUUUAUUCAUCUGCUACCACCCCAGCUUGAUGGAUUUGCAGUAAAUCCUUGCUCCUAGCCCUGUGCCUUUAUGCGUCAGUUCUCCUGUGGUCCUGGGUGGGGAGUAGCUGUUCCGUGGCUUUAAGCACAUUAAAAACUACUUG